UUGCAAUCAGGGGUUCUCGAGUAUUUGAACACAUUUGAUGAUAACACACGUACAACACAGUUCCUUGAACUCAUACCAAAUCUAAUUCCUACAGUUUCCGAUGAAGAUUUUCCAGAAUUAUCAGACUUACUUCUCUACUUAUCAAACAGCGAAUACAAGAACUUCGAUGCCACUACAAUCUUUCCAUUGAUCAUCGAUACCAUCUCAAACAAAGAAUUCUCCCUAAAGAGAAGAAAUUUGUCCCAUCAAAUUUUGUUGUCACUUUUUGAAAAUUAUGAAAUUUUUGGUAAAAACUUAGAAACAGUUUCUUUGGGAUAUCAAGCGACAGAAAACUUGGCAGAAGAUGCUUUCGAUCAAAAUGACAGCCGUGGUAUCUCUCCUUACGAUUUAUACACAAUUUGUUCUUUCUUCGACCUUUCUAUAACCGAAAUAACCGAAUAUUUUGCUUCAAUUUUUUCAGAGAACUCUCAGAAAAUUUUCGGAGCAUUUUCAAAGUUCAUCAUCAACACUCAAGACAACAUAUUCUUCUACAGAAACAACAUUGAAUACUUCACUUCACUUUUGAAGUCAUUUUUAGAGUCUUCUUCACUUUGUUUAAUUGAAUCAACUUUGGCCGCUUUCAGUUCACUUUUUGAAUCCAAUGAAGAUGCUCUUGAUCCGUACGUGAAUGAUAUUUAUAUCAGUUCUCUUACUGCAGUUAAAAACAACUUGUCCAAAGAACUUUUAUCAGCAUUCAAAGAUUUACUAAAAAGUGCCAGAAAAACUGACAUAAUUUUUGAUGAUUGUCUUAAUAUGAUCAUCGAAAUUCUCCCUGACGGAAAUACUGCAGAUCAACAGGUAAUGCUUGGAAUUGUGGCAGAACUCGUUAUCGGUUGUAACGGUUUGACAGAAAAACAGUUUACAACAGUUUUCCAAAUUAUUCAAGAAAUUAUGUCAGAUUUUGACAAUCCGCUUUUGUGUGAUGCCGUUUACAUCAUUGGACAUCUUUCCCAGAAAGGAAAAGAAUAUUUUGUUGAUAUAUUAUCAGAUGUUGUCACUUUUCUUAGUACAGGCUUGAAUUCUGAUGACGAAACAAUUUUAGUUUAUUUCAUAAAUGCGUUUGGUUUCGUUGCCACUUCUUUUCCAGAACAAAUUUAUGAAUCAAUAAAUGAGAUUGUUUCACUUUUUGCUCAAAUCUCUACUCAAGAGACAUCAGAUGACAACAUCACAAGAAAACCAGGAGAUUAUGCUUUGAGAUGGGGAUGCAAUUUAUGUUCGAUUUUCCCAGAAACUUUUAUACAAAAUUACGAAACAUUUUUGAAUUCAAUUCGUGUGAGAUCAAAUAUUCAUUCUGCAAUUGCAAGUGAAUAUUUUGCACGCGCAACUUAUAAUAUAGAAGACGAAGAACUUAUCAGAGGUUUGCAAAUGAGUUUGGCGGAGAUUUUAAUACCAAUGACCAAAAAUGGAGAUGUAGAAUUGGUCGGACAUUGUUUCACUUCACUUUCACUUAUUUUUGAGAAUUUGGACAUAGAAAAACAAAGAAAGAUUGCAAAACAAGCAUUAAAGUGUUUCAACUUCACCCACAAAUGUUUUACUUCCAAAACAGGAGUUUAUUUGCAGGAUUUGCAUCCAAAUGCAAAUGAAAUCAUUAAUUUGAGUUUGAAUAUUCCUGAAUUAACAGAAACAUUAGUUUCUUUCAUUCCAAGUUUGAUUCCUUUCACUAAAACAAAGGAUCUUCUUUUAUCUGAUGCAAUAUUAAUUGUUUUAACAAAUUUGUUUGUUUUACAGCCGAAUAAUGAACAUUCUUCUGACGUUUUCUUUGAUGCAAUUUCACAAUUGGAAAGAAAUUCAUAUGCUACUUUUUACUUGUUUGGAAGGUUUUCUAAGCUAAAAUUACCAAUUAUUGAUCAAAAUAAUUCCGAAAUUUACGAAGAAGUCAAGAAGAGACUUUCACAAGAGAACAAUGAACAAGACAUUGAAAAUAUGAUGUUGAUUGACAAUUGUUUGAGUUGUUUGAGUUAUUUAGUAAGAAAUUACGAAUUUGAUGUUCAUGAUUAUGCACAAAUUGCUUUAGCUUCGAUGCCAUGCAAAUGUGAUAUUGACGAGAAUUCGAAUGUCAUGUCUUUGUUCGAAUUCAUUUAUUCUCAGCUUUCAGAAGAUAACAAGUACAAAAAUGUUUUUCACUGUUUUGGUUAA